UUUUUUUUUUUUUUGGACUUUAUUGCCUCAUAUUUAUAUCGAAUCCGAACCAGUACAUCGCCAGCCCAACCCAUCAUCGCAGCAUCCCAGAAACAUCUUCCGUCACUACUCACCCCCCGCAAAUUCCACCCCAAGUGUAUCAUCCCCCGGAAAACAGCGAAGCUCAACGGCGGCGGCGGCGCGGCGCCUCUCGUUACAUGAGUCACUGGCGCUCAAUGCGCCUGCUCGGAGCUGUCAGAGAGACAACCCCAGCACGGCAUUCCGAUAAAGCUAUAGUAUUCGCGCCGGCUCGCACCGCCUGGUACACGCGCAGCUCUAUAUAUAUAUAUAUAUAUAUAUAUAUCUCUCUCCUCAGCGCGAGUUCGAAUAAGCCUGUCGCCUAAGCUGCAUCAUGACCGAGGUGAAGAAGGAGGACGUCGUCAAAAUCUUGCACAGCUAUCCUCUCUGUCGAAAAUGCGACAUGACGGACGAGAUGAAGCAGGAGGCGAUGGAGCUGUGCGUGACCGCCGCAGAAAAGUACGCCGACAACUACGAGUCGGUCUCGCGGAUGAUCAAGGAGACGAUGGACAAAAAGUUCGGCGCCUCCUGGCACACCGUCGUCGGCGAAGGUUACGGUUUCGAAAUCACCUACCAGCUCAAGCACCUGCUCUACAUGUACUGCGCCGGCAAUCUCGCCAUCUGCAUCUGGAAGUCCGCGUAGUCGGCUCUCUUAAUUCUUCUGCAUAACACGAUCCGCACUUGACACUCUUCUUAUACACGUGCGGCGGAAUUAAUGAGAUCAUCAGUAUUACUCGUACUCGUUGUCGAGUCGAGAAUAUAUUCUAAUCAAGGGGAAAACUCUUUUUCCAAAUUUGCCUAUACACACUGCAACAAGGUACAAGAUUGUAAACGCGGUUUAAUCAAGAAAGUACAAACAACUCGAUAUACUCAUAAGGAGCUUUACUAGCUUGCCAUGGCACUUUGGUCGAAAUUUCAAUUCCCGAUUUUAUGCCAUUACACACCCACUGUACCCCCAUGGUAUAUCGUGCUGCACAAGAAUAUAUAAUAUGGUAGUGCUGAACAUUUUACAUGUAAUAGAUACUUAAUAUAACUGCACGUACAUUUCGAUAAACGAAAACUAUAUAUUUGAAUACUUGAUCGAGAAGCCAAUGCCUUAAAAGUACGUCUAGUAUGAACGAGGUACAAUAACUAAUGAAUUUAUACAAGACGGUUCGGUGACUAUAUAACUGGAACAAUCUUAGCUUGCAUUGCUUAUACUGUUUUCCUUCUAAAUCCAAAGAACUAUUGUUAUACUUGAAAAAUCAAUGUUAUUUACGUUAUGAUAAAUAUACGUGAUAUUGUACGAUUAUA